UGCCUUUUUUCUCUCGUAGAUUAUACAUCGUGCAUAUUCGUGUAGAAAUUUUAUACAAAGUUUCUAAAAGCAUGAACUCUUUUGGGGUUUUUUGCAUUUUUGCAACCGUUCUUUUCGACACCUCGGAGGCCUAUGUCUCAAAUCGAACCGGUUUCGCAAAUAUAGCGGAGGAAGGCUCAAAACCCCAAAUUCCAGGAAAGUCCGUUAAAGGCCGGGAUGGGCUUGAAAUAUCCACAACUUGUGGAGAUGUUCUAACAACUACUCAAGGUCGAAUAGAGUACACAUCCGGUUAUACUGUCGGGACGGAAUAUUGCGUUUUUAUGAUCAAGUCACGCCUCUUAAACGAAUUUAACUUCGACAUUUUGCAAAUGGAUGUGUACGGGAAUAGGGAGACAUUCUUGGGAAUUAGUACGUUUGAUUAUCGAAAUCCAAAUCAUCAAACCUACCAAGUUAGCCAACUCGGAAAAUAUAAGUCGACCGGAAACCUAGUAAUUUUAGGUUUCACGACUUCUCGAACAAUACCAAUUUAUCGUCGAGUUUUCGUCCUGGAGUACAGCAUGACUCCAAUAGGGGACUUGGAACUUUCUGCCAAUAGCGUGCAAAAUAUUUAUCCAGGCGUUCAUGGGAAUCCACCCGCGAGAUUCAGAUAUCCACAAGCUGACGUAAAUUAUGAUAAUCGCGAGUUCACCGCACUUGUUUUCGCUCCGCCAAAUUGGAUCAAUUAUGACACCAGUAAUAGAAAAAGUCGAUUUGAGGUUAAUACGUCCGGACUGGAGGCCUCAUGCACUGAUAAGGUUUCGACGUAUACUAUGUCAUCUACCGUUUCAGCGGUGGGUUCAUCUAAAAGGGAACUGUGCAACGCGACGUCAGCCAGAUACGAUGCAAACCCCGUGUACGUGGUGGUAUUCAAGUCGGACAACGCAACGGUGGGGGCAGGUUUCAACAUUGAGUAUGAUUGGGGACCUGAAGAUUAGCGGAUGAGAAAUCAUCAUAGGAUUUUAUGACAUUAAUUGCCUAUUUAUCACGAAUUCACUUGUCAAAGAUGGGUUAAUCCAAGCGUAAUAACAAAAAAUAAAAAUUUGCACCUGCAUAAAUUCGCCGGGUAGGA